GCUGACUCAGACAUGGAUUUUAAGGUUGUGUUCGCAGCCUUGGAGACGGUGUGUGAAGACAACAUCUCUGCUUUGUGUGGGCCUUCUGAUUUGCCUUACGGCAGAGUUGUCAAACGCCUCGUCACGUGUAUGAAACAGAUUCAGGAGCAUGGCCGAGCCCUGGAGCCUGUGGUUGCCAGCUUCACCACUGUCUUCCAUCACUACGACUUUGACGCACAAACGCCUGGGAAUGGUUACCGCACCCUGGUCAAAGUCUUGCUGUCUUGCAUUUUGCACAUCAUUCACAAGGGCCGAUACAUUUCCUCAAAUUACCAAAGUGCCUUCUUCAGGGCAGAACACAACGCCUCUGAGAUGGAGGCGUACUGCAGUGCCCUGUGCCAGCUGCGAGCCCUGAUCUACCUCGCCAAGCAGCUGCUCAACGACAACGACUACGGCGAGCUGUACUCCCUGCAGGAUGGGGACCUGAGCCGCAAGUUUGUGCAGGAGUACAGCUCCAUGCACAAAGCCUGUUUCUAUGGCCGCUGUCUUGGCUUUCAGUUCUCGCCAACACUUCGUCCGUUCCUCCAGACUGUUGUAAUAAGCAUGGUCUCAUAUGGAGAGACGUAUGGAAAACAGCAGUCUGGUUUGGGUAUGGCGGCCCUUUCUCUCCUCACAUCAGGGAAGUACGUCAUUGAUCCAGAGUUGCGGGGUGCUGAGUUUGAACGCAUCACUCAAAACCUGGACUUGCAGUUUUGGAAGUCCUUCUGGAACCUCACAGAGUCCGGACUUAUAACAGGCUUCAACAGAAUAGCCUCUACUCCAGUGCAGGUGAACUUCACCCUGACUCUGCCUCCUGUCACUCUACAUCUCCCCCUGGCCUCAGACCCCAGUCUGUCAGCUGCCGUGUCGCCUCCACUUGCCCACUCGGGGCCCGGACCAGUCCACAUGCGUCUGAUCUCCUAUGAGCUUCGAGAAGGACAGGACAGUCAGGAGCUGCUUUCUUUUUCACGAACAGAUCCUCCCCCCAUUACUGCGUCACAUCUCCCCUGGGUACAGAAGCAGCCUCGCUCCCCCUGGUUGCUCAUACAUUUCCAUGGAGGAGGCUUCGUAGCACAGACAUCCAAAUCCCAUGAGAAUUAUCUUCGGAGUUGGUCGAAGGUGAUGAAUGUCCCCAUCCUCUCUGUGGACUACUCGCUGUCACCCGAAGCGCCCUUUCCCAGAGCGCUGGAGGAAUGUUUCUACGCCUACUGUUGGGCCCUGAAAAACUGUCAUCUGCUGGGCUCGACAGCAGAGCGAGUUUGUCUGGCAGGAGACAGCGCCGGAGGCAACCUCUGCAUCACUGUUUCCAUGAAGGCCAUUUCCUGUGGCAUCCGAGUCCCUGACGGCAUCAUGGCAGCCUACCCCGCCACCUUGCUCACCACCGAUGCCUCGGCCUCACGCCUGCUCACACUCAUCGACCCGCUGUUGCCUUUAGGUGUUCUCACAAAGUGCCUCAAUGCCUAUGCAGGCGCAGAAUCUCUGACGAUGCAGCCCGCAGUGGCGAGCGGCAGUCUGAGCGCUCUUGGCAGAGACACUGCCAUGCUGCUCAGUGAUCUCACACAAGGAGCCUCCAACUGGAUCCAGUCCUUCCUGGGCCCCAUGCAGACCACAGGUGGAGCACGCUCACUGUCAUCAGCGCAUACAACGUCCCCAAGUAACAACGCUCACAGAACGAUCAGCCAAACCUCCCCACCAAACUCCGGGACCGACAACGAUUACCCAGACGGCUUUGAGCCCCUACGAUCUGAGUGCCUGGCUUUUAUUCGCCCAACCACCUGCCCCAUUAUCAGGAACCCAUUUUUGUCACCCCUGCUGGCUCCUAACAACCUGCUGAAAGGCCUGCCGCCUGUACACAUAGUGGCCUCUGCUCUGGAUGCCUUGCUGGAUGACUCUGUGAUGUUUGCCAAGAAGCUGCGAGACAUGGGCCAGCCUGUGACUCUGUCUGUGGUGGAGGACCUCCCACACGGCUUCCUCAGCCUGUCGCAGCUCACCAAGGAGACGGACGUCGCUGCGGAAAUGUGUGUUGAGCGAAUGAUGGAGGUUUUUCAGCAAGAGGAUCCGACACCUGCUCUUCAUAAACGACCAAAGCACAAAGAGACUUACCCUUAGUACUGAAUCAGGCUGGUUUAGUCUGUCAUUUAGGGAGAGACGCAAAAUAAUGCAAUAAGACAGAUGCUAUCAUUUCAAGAAGAGCUUACAAAUUAGAGACAAUUAUGAAGAUGCUACAGGAACUGUAAAACUGGAGGAAGCCUUGGCGUACCGCACUUUAAAACUAUACAACGCACAACACUCUCCAGUCAUUGAUGACUGAGAAAGCUACUAAAAAAAAGUGUACCAUAUGGUUCUACAGUACAUCUUUAAUAUGAUUCUUAAUAAUAACUAAAAAAAUGAAAUAAUUGUUUUUCUACAAUUGACAUGAUCAAGAUUCAAAUGCACAUUAAGAAUAUUACAAACUGACUGAAGCUUAAAGUAGAUGAAAGUUAUUGCAGUCAUUUCUUUACUGAAUAACUUUUGUGCCUUGAAUUGAAAGCCUACAUCAUCAAACUGACCGGGUCCACAGGUUAACUUGUAUAAGAAGAACAUUCCUGAUGCACUGUGUUAAUAUUGUAUUUUUUCAUUAACUGUAUCAUCUGGCUUUUGCCAGUUUGUCACGUGUUUACAACAUAUUGAUAUGGAGGCCUUCACCUUGUAUUCACCAGCAUUAUUAGGAUGAAUGUGAAAAUAACUUGUUAUAAUAUUUCUUAAUAUAAAUAUUUGACACUUUGUUGUAAUAUUUAAAGCCUGUA